AUGUCCACACCUCCAGAAGCUGCCUUCGAGGCCGUCCAUGCGGAGUCCGAGGAAGAGGCGAAGAACUCUUCCACCAACUCCCGCGGGUGGGUGAAGAAGGCUGCACUCGUUCUGGCAGUGGGCCUUGGUGUCGUUGGCUUCAUGGCCCUGCCGAAAGCAAAGAGGUUCUGCAAUGGAUUGGAUCUCGGGGCCUUCCAGGGCAAGUCCAACCUGGGCUUGGACGCACAGAUGGCUCUGAAG